AUGGAGCUGAACACCAGAAGCAAGCAGUCUAGCAACACCAAGGGCAAGGCCAAAGCCAUGGCCAAGAUCGUGGAAGAGGAGGAGGAAACUGAAGAUUUCUUCAGCUCAAGCGGUUGUGGGUGCUUCCUCUGCGCCAUCAAACAGCCGGACGCCCGGCUCCGCCGCGCCAGCCUUGCCGAUUUCUUCAGGGAGUUGCCAUACUGCGAGGAUGACGGCAGUAACGGCCAGUCAUGUGCCGCGGCAGUUGGCGCCGUGUGGCGCGCGGCCAUGGCGGCGCCCGACGACCCGGAGCUCCCCUCGCUCGGCGCGAUCCGGUGCAUGUCCCUUCUCCUCGCCCGCGCGCUCACCGACGCGGCGUGGUGCGGCCGCGGCGACAACGUGUACGUGCCGUACUACGCCGCCCACGUCAUCGGCUCGUACACCAUCCGCUCCUCCGCGCACGCCGAGCUGGCCGUCGCGGCGGGGGCCGUGCGGCCCCUGAUGGCCCUCCUCGGCGGCACCAUGACGUGGGUCGAGCAGCGCGCUGCCGCGCGCGCCUUGGGACACCUCGCCAGCUACGACGCCACGUUCCCGGCCGUCGCGCGGCACGCCGCCGAGGCGGUGCCGCUCGCCGUGCGCGCUGCGUCCACCUGCAUCGCUGACGUCUACGCGAACUUCGUCGCGCUGGCACCGAUCAGGCGGCCAAAGUACCAGCGCGACCUCAUGGCUUGCGGGCUCGGCGGCGGCGCCGACGCCGAGGACAGGAAGGCAGAGGAGUGGGCGAGCCAGCUCCAGUGCUGGUCGCUCUACUUCCUGAGCUGCCUCGCCUCCAGGGACCUGUCAUCUCAUGCCAUGAUAUGCCAGGACGCCGUGUUCUUGCGCGAGCUGUCCCGGAUGUGGGGCGGCCUGGCGAACGGCGACUCGCCCGCUGGCGUCGGGCUGCUGCGGCUUCUCUGCAGGAGCCCAGUCGGCCGCGCCGCCAUCGCGGCGUGCCGCGAUGCGCUCUCCAGUCUCUGUGACCUCGCGCGUUCAUCCGACGACUGGCAGUACAUGGCCGUAGAUUGCUUGCUCCUCCUCCUCGACAACCGCGACACAUGGCACGCCGUUGCUGAUGCCACGGCGGCGUGCCUCAUUGACUUGGUCGAUCUCCGGCACCUCGGUCCAAGGCGACGACUCGGCGAUGCCAUUGCAACUGCACUGCUUCGUGAUGAUGACCAUGUCGGUGGCCGCGAACUAGGCGUGGAAGCAAAGGAAGCGAUGGGCAGCUUGAGAGAGCUGAAGCAAGAGAGGAAGGAGAUAGAGGAAGCAAUGCCUAGCGAUGAGCUGCAGAAGAGAGAGAUCUUAGCCAAGGAGAAGAAGAGGGAGGGCAACGACAGCUUCUUGCACGGCGACGUGGACAAGGCCAUUGAUCUGUACACCGAAGCCUUGGAGCUGUGUCCCCUGAGCAGGAGGAGGGAGCGGCUGGUGCUGCACAGCAACCUCGCGCAGUGCCGGCUCGCGCGGCGCGAGGCCGACGCGGCGGUGAGCGACGCGACGCGCGCGCUCGCGCUGGCGCGGCGUACGACAUGA